AUGUUUGAGGAUUGGUGUCAGAAGAUUGACCUGAGCGUCCGGAAGCUGAGGUUAAAGCAAUGUUUGAAGGAGAAGACAUUGGAGUUGAAAAGGCUGGAAGAAUUAGAAAGAAAAAUAUUGACGAAAGCAGGCAUGAGCAUAGAUGACAUAGAGAGAGAACUGACCCAGCAACAGAUCAACCUCACAAAAACCUCUCUCGACAGUCUCACGUCUACAGAGGAACACAACUUCGACGCCCUCAUAAGAAACCACCGCAGAACUCAAAAACAUCAACCGCAACCACAUGACAUCAACUGCUGUCAUCAUGACGACUGCUGCUCCAUGCAUUCCAGCUCUUCCAAUUCACUAUUUGAUGAUAAAACUAAAUUUGAAGAUGAUUUUUUAAUGAAAAUGAGGCCGGUGGUGGAGGAGAAGGAUGAAGAGGAUGUCAGCGCUGAUGAGAACCCCAUUGAAUUUCAUGACUCUGGCAUGCACGCAACGACUACUAUUGGUAGCCACAAUUAUAUUUUGACUAACGAACAACGCCACAACAGUCCCUCCUCCAGUUUGACGCAACAUCAGCAGCCAAAUUCGAAAUCUUCCAAGAUGAUGACGAUUCACUCCAUGCUUAACAGCAACGACAAAAGUGACAUCAACAACAACACAAACCUCAACAACAACAGCCCAGAUUCGUACGGCAACAACAUGAACAAGAGCUUUCCAGCGUUAUUUCGAACUUUCGAGUGCCACAGUCUGCCAUCUGUUGGCAAAAAAAAACACCUGACCAAACAGCAACUAAAAAUGCACCAACAACAACAAUCCGAACAGCAGCAGCAACAACAGCAACAACAGCAGCCACAACCACUUCAAAAGAUCAUGCUGAGGUUACUACCACUGGGUUUGAACUUGAGAUCCCAGAGUUCGUUGAACUUGCAUGAGGUGCCCUGUUCGCCUUGCACGUCGUCUGGCAAGAAAAAGUUCCUCGACGACACAAACAUCCAUAAUAAAAACAACAACAAUAAUAAUAACGUUGAUAUUAUCAGUAAACUUGUUGUUAGUACAGCGAAUGGUGGUGGUGAUAUUAAUGAGAAGAAGAAAUUUUUUAUUAGCAGUAAUGAGAAGUUAACUGACAUCAACAAACUCAACAGCCGUGACAUCAACCAUGUCGCCAUUAAAGGCAUUAACUCACGUGUACACACGCUUGACAACAGCAGCAGCAACAGUAAAUUUGACCUCGGUAUGAGUUUCAGCAAGAGAUUCACCAUGAAUCAAGCCGGCCUGAAAAGUAGUGUUAGCCACGUGAAGAGCCUCAACAACAGCACUAAAUAUACGCUGCAGGUGAACAACAAGCAAGAUGCAAACAACCACUUCGUAAGUGUGGAUGAUAUCGAUGUGGAGAUCGUCCAUGAUGACGUCACUCAACAACAACUCAACGACAACAACAACAACAACAGCGUCAACAGCGUCAACAGAAGCAAUUUGGUGGUUAAGAGAUGCAAACAACAACAGCAACAUCGCCCGUCCAUGCAACUGCAAAGGCGUAUACAAUCAUCGACGCCAACAACAGCGCACCAUCAGGCACAACAACAGCCCACAACACCACAGCCACAACAACAACAACACGAUCAACAGCGCGAACAACAACAGCAGCCGCAGCAAGAAACACAAAAGUCAUCAAACAGAUCUUGGUACGGUUUCUCGAGAUACAACAGAUCCAUCUUGAACUCUAUCAUGAGGAGGCAGAAGGUGAGGACCAUGCACAAUGCCACCACCAACACCACCUGGUACUGCGAUGGCUUCCUUCAAGAUGAUGACGUCAGCAAUGUCGGUGACGAUGACGCAGGUGGAAGGGUAGAUAUCAAAGAUGAUGACGUAAGCAACUACAUGUCGUCGUCAUCGUCAACUCCAUCGUCGUCAAUGACGUCAUCUUCCUUGACGUCAUCAUCACUGGCUACGACGCCGUCGUUGUCGUCAUCUGCCGCAGGUAAGUCCGAACAGAUGCUGCACGAUCAAAGAAAACAGCAGUCAUCGUCAUCGGCGUCAUCUCUGUCAUCAUCAUCUACAGUCUCAGCAGCAUCUCCACAGCCUUCAUCGUCUGCACUGAAAUUAGCAUCAUCGCCAGCGACACCAACACCUUCUGUAUCGUUACAAGAAUUAAUCUGCAACAACGUUUUAGCUCUCACAGCUGCAUCUAUAUCAACAGUACCAUCAGCUGCAUUAGCAACGACCACACCAUCAGGGGUUACUUCAACAUCUUCGUCACAGUCAUCAUCAUCAUCUUCAUCAUCAUCAUCUAAUGAAUCAGGCUAUCAUUCUACCGGCACACCAUCAUCAUCGUCGUCCUCGUCCUCAUCAUCAUCAUCAUCGUCGUAUGUUACAUUAACAAGCCGUGAGUACCAUCGUCAUCCAGAUGAAAAUGACGUUCAGAUGCUGUCCACCGUUACUAGCCAGCGUCAAGAUGACGUCAACAUGCCACUGAAUCCUCACGUGACACAACUGCAACAACAACAACACUCAACAUUACAUCCGUCAUGGGCGUUAUCAUCAUCGUCAUCGCCACAAAUAUCAUCACCAACACCACUUCCAUUGUCUGACGUCACUCCACCUGUCUUCACACCUGAGGUGCUUUCGUCGUCAUCAUCAUCAUCAUCAUCGUCACAUUUUGUACCGCGACCAUCAUCAGCAUUGUUGUCGUCCAGAUAUCCUCUGACGUCAUCGCUAGCCUCAUCAUCAUCAUCUACAUUUAGGACAUCGUCUAAAUUGUUGAGAAGUAAACUCACACCUUCAUCAUCAUCGUCAUCAGGUACUGCGGAAUGUAAAUUAACCGCAUAUAAACAAGACAAUGGGGAUAAUAAUGAUAGUGGCAGUGGUGAUGAUGGUGAAGAUGGCGAUGACGGUGGUGGUAGUGGGAGUGGUGGUGGCGGCGGUGGUGGUGAUUAUAUUGCUGCAGUUGAUCAGAGGCAGCGUAUUGACUUUCUUCACUCCUCUUAUGCAAAUAGCAAUACUAAACGUCAUCCAUCGUCGUCAUCGCAUUUCCGGUCUACGUCAUCAACUCCAUCAUCAUCAUCAUCAACUCCUUUAUCGACUUCAUCAUCUUCAUCAUCAUCAGUUUUUUUAUCAUCAUCGUCGUCGUCGUCUUCGCACUGUCGAAAGACACCCUCCCCUCGGCCAUCAUUUUACAAGCUGUCAAGCAUAAAAGAACAUGUCGGCAACAAUCGUAACUUCACUCGCCACCUCGUCUCGACGUCACCUAGCAACGUUCCCAACAGCAGCAGCAGCAACAACAACAUCUACAAAAACAACAACAACAACAUUAACAACAACGACAAUCUUGAUACGCUUUCAGUCAGCAAAGAUAUUUGCAACGGAAUCAAGAACAUUGAAAACAGCGUUAAAAACAACUGCUUCAACAAAAACACCCACAGCCGCAAUACUCUUCACAGCAGCCACAGCAACCACAGCAGCCACAAUCACAGCAGCGACACUGGCGCCGUCAGAAGCGAAGCUUUCAGCAACAAAGAGGAUAAAAAAUAUUUGAACAGUCAUAUCUCAAAAGAGACGUCAAUAAAUAAUGGUGGUGGGGAUGACGACGAUGAUGAUGGUGUUGGUGAUGAUAAUAGUCUUAUGGUUGGUGGCGAUGGUGAUGAUGAUAGCAAGGAAUAUUAUCGUGUAGAUGAGGACGAUGAUAAUGAUGUCGAUAGCGAUGAUGAUGAUGAUAGUGUUUGUUGUGUUGCUUGCAGAAAUGAUGAUGCUGAUGGUAAGAACAACUUCGAUACUCAAAACGGUGACAAGAAUGAUAAUAAUAAUAAUAAUAAUAAAGUUAAGGCUGAUGACGACGAUGACGAUGAUGAUGAUGAUGACGGUAACGAUGAUGAUAGUGAUGAUAAUAAUAAUGAUAACUCUGUUUUCGCACUCUACAACAACAACAUCAACACCAGCGAGAACAACGACAAAAGUUGCAGCAACAACGACAACAAUGACAUCAACAACUCCACACUCGCCAGCAACUUUUUCAAAUCAUCCCCGCUUGACCUUGAGACGCAAUCUCCUGGAAACAUCAUAAAAGAUAAAAAUGACGUCACUGAUGAUGAGGAGGAAGAAGAAGAAGAAGAUGACGAUGAAGAAGACGACGAUGAUGAUGGGGUAGAAAAAUUCUAUUUGGAUAUAAAUUUGGAAGAAAUGAGUGGAAGACAUGUUUAA